AGCGUCGUUGUUAGUCUCGCUCCGACCUCCGACCCGACUCGCGACCACUCGCGACGCACACACACAUGUAAACACGGAACAGCAAGUUGGUUAGCAGAACGAACACAAAUAGAACAAUGAAAAAAUAUGUCUCUCAUAGACGUUGACGGUGACCCUUGGCUGAGGGAGCAUGAGGCCUGCGAAAAGCUGUUCCGUGAGAUAGCAGCGCAGCUUUCGGAAAGGGACAGUGAAAUUUCGUCGUCUGCUGCUUAUGCUAAGCUAUCAGCCUUAGUACGUGUUCGUCUGAGACAGUUCACUGUAGAAGUUAACCAGUUACGAGAGAAACAUGCAGUUAUUGCCAGAAAUGACACAAUAACACCUCAUGAGGCAGAGAGAAGAACUCGAUUGGUGGAGCGACUAGAGAGUGGUAUACGUCAUCUUCAGCAGCGCUUUAAUGCCAGUGCAAGAUCUUAUGAUGAUGAUGAAAAUCGCUCGCAGCUUAUGCUGGACAGAGGACGUGAUAAGAUGUUUGCUGAUAUGGGAACGACAGGUUGGGGCGAUGAUGAUGGGCAUUCCUCUGAAGCUUUUGAUGUGGAGAGAGCUCAGAAAAUGACACAACAGGUGAUAAAAGAGCAAGAUGCUGGUCUGGAAGAACUGGCCAAAAUUAUUUCUCGACAAAAGAACAUAGCCCGAACAAUUGGAGAUGAAGUAGAGGUCCACAAUGAAAUACUGGAUGAUUUGGCUGAAGGUAUAGAUCGCACCACUGUGGGCUUGAUGGAUGAAACCCGUCAAGUCCGCACAAUAUCAAGGAAAGACAGGACGUGUGGGUACUGGGUGGUGAUAAUAUUGUUAUUUAUUGCCAUUUUGGUUGUUGCUUUUAUAUGAUUUAUGCAGUAUGGAGUGACAUUUAUGACUUCACAUGCAUGGAGGUCCUUGUGUCAUAAAUGAUAUUUUUAUACUCAAAUUAUGCCUUAGUGCCUUUUGUAUGGAUUGAAUAGUGCUUAAAAAUAUUUUGAAAGAUUGAUACAAGUAAUCCUUCUAUACUUUUACCUCACUUUAUAAAAUACAACAUAAAAAUUUUUAUUUUUGUUAA